CUUCGAUAUUCGUUGGUUGUCGAAGAUCGAAAAUCGAAUGUCAAUUUGGUAUUAUGAGCGGUGCAGCCCUGUCGAAAUUUUCGUUGAAUACCGAAUUUAGAGUCGAAUGCAGUUUUGCUUUCGACUGUGUUGCGUAUUGUGGGUAAACUUGUUAAAAUGUCGAAAGUCGUGAGUACCAAACAGCAACUAGAAAAACUAGUUGCAUUAAUGGAAGAGAAUCCACAAUUUGCAAAAGGGAUUUGCAGCAAAGUACAUGCAGCAAAAAAAUGGGAAGAAUUCACAACGGAGCUGAAUUGCUUGGGACCACCAAUUAGAACGGCAGUAAAAUGGAUUAAGGUAUGGGCUGACAUGAAGUCAAAAGCGAAAAAAAAAUGUCGCAAAACAAAGCUGAGCUCCGAGCAACAGGUGGGGGCCCUAACAAACUUCAGGGACUUUCAAAUACUGAAGAAAGCAUACUCGGUUUGCUGCAAUUUGAUGUCUGCAUAA